AUGGUGGAUCAACCACUUGUCUUAAGGAAGGGAAAAGGGCCGCUCUUCUGGCCCACCACAACCGCCAACAUUCCUCUACCAACGCCCUCACCUCGCUCUCCGUCAAGCAUCCCGUUGCAGUCGCUACAACCCCAACCUUCAUCACCUUCCGGGCACUCCACCAAGGUAUUGGAGUCUGCUAGUGAGAAAGGCAGCCGACGCUCCUCGCUUUCCCACUCUGUCAGAUCCGAGUUUUCUAACUGGACCGAGACCGGGGACCUGGCUGAACAGCUUGCUGAUGCCGAGGGACACCCCCUUCAGGUUCAUCGUAGAAGGUCUCUGGAUCGUGAGGCACCCGAGCGAGCAGGCUCGAGUGUGCAAGUGAAUCGGCAGAAACAUACACACUACCUGCACCGACCCUCUACCAGCGAAGCUGAAUUUGCAAAAACAUCAAUUGAGAUACCCCGUCCUCCACCCCGGCGUAUCUCCAGGAUCGAGCGCACACUAGCUGUCAUCAUGUCUCCAAGUAGUCGGCAGACGGCUCAAAUGCAUGGCUUGGUCGGAAAGCCGCUGUUAUAUUUCACUAGUGUCUUCGUAUCGUUAGGGGUUUUCCUCUUUGGGUAUGACCAAGGAGUCAUGUCUGGCAUUAUAACGGGUGCUUAUUUCAUUGACUACUUCGAUCAACCAUCGCGAGCUGCAAUCGGUACGGUGGUUGCCAUACUGGAAGUGGGAGCUUUCAUUUCCUCUCUACUAGUUGGACGACUCGGCGAUUUGAUAGGUCGUCGUAGGACCAUUCUCUAUGGCUCUAUAGUCUUUUUUAUAGGCGGGGCACUGCAGACAUUCGCGACGGACUUGUCUAUGAUGAUGGUUGGUCGCAUCAUUGCUGGUCUAGGAGUCGGAGCACUGUCCACAAUUGUCCCAGUCUACCAAUCAGAGAUCUCGCCACCCCACAAUCGUGGAAAGCUUGCGUGUAUUGAGUUCACCGGGAAUAUCUCCGGAUACGCCGCCAGUGUUUGGGUCGACUAUUUUUGUAGUUUUAUCGGUAGCAACUACUCGUGGCGUUUGCCAUUACUAUGUCAGUGCAUCAUGGGUGCCUUACUGGGCAUAGGAAGUCUCAUAAUAUGUGAAUCGCCGAGAUGGCUACUGGAUAACGACUACGAUGAGGAAGGCAUGGUGGUCAUUGCCAACCUCUAUGGAAAGGGAGACCUGCAUAAUGAUAAGGCAAGACAGGAGUACAGGGAAAUUAAAAUGAAUGUGCUCCUUCAGCGGCAGGAAGGUGAAAGAUCCUACACUGAUAUGUUCAGGAGAUACCGCAAGCGAGUUUUAAUAGCAAUGUCGGCCCAGGCCUUGGCCCAGUUGAACGGCAUCAACGUUAUUUCAUACUACGCGCCGCUGGUGUUUGAAUCAGCAGGGUGGGCUGGCCGUGCCGCCAUUUUGAUGACGGGUGUCAAUGCAAUCUCCUACCUUGCAUCCACAGUUCCUCCAUGGUAUCUUGUGGACCGCUGGGGAAGACGGCCCAUCCUGCUAUCUGGGGCGGUUGCAAUGAUUAUUUCUCUCUCCUUGAUAUCGUAUUUCAUCUAUAUCGACGUGGGAGCAACUCCUACCCUGACCGUCAUAUUUGUGAUGAUUUACAAUGCCGCUUUUGGUGCCUCGUGGGGACCAAUCCCAUGGCUUUACCCCCCCGAGAUUCUUCCACUGAGCAUUCGUGCUAAGGGCGCUAGUCUCAGCACGGCCUCUAAUUGGGCCUUUAAUUGGCUAGUUGGAGAAGUUACACCCGUCCUUCAAGAUGCUAUCAAGUGGCGCCUCUAUCUUGUUCAUGCCUUUUUUUGUGCCUGCAGUUUUGUCCUCGUUUACUUUCUGUACCCCGAAACUAGUGGGGUCCGCUUGGAAGAUAUGAACAUGCUUUUUGGAGACGCGACGACUGCAGCGCCAACACCAGCUACACAAGGGGAACGAGGCUCCCUGAUAGGCACUGGCUCCCCUGUCCCUUCUCUUGAUAUCCGGCGCCAACAGUAUGGCCAACUAGGGGCAGAAAGCGCCAUCCCUGGGCUAGAUAUUGACCCUCCGAACAUGAACAGCGAUGAUAACAAUAAAUCGAUCAGGCCUGGCUCUCAAGGGGGCAAUCAGAGCCCACCAGAAGGUAUUGCUGGUUGGAUUUCGAAUAUGGUAUCUCGUCACAACCGCUCGGGGCAUCGAGUGCAGCAGAACCGCCAGUAUAGGAGGCUUGGGCAAGAGGAAGAGAACGAAUAAGCUAAUCCUGGCAUGCUCCUUAUGAUCGUGAAUUCUUCCCCUCCCCAGCCUCUCUUCUGUCCCAACACUGACUAUACAAUGCGAUUUUCUCCUCCGAUCUAUUCACUCUACCCCCUUCCUAUACUACUUUACCAACUGGCUUUUUAUUUUUGACCUGUAUAUUCUUGCUUGACCCGAGUUUCCGGGACUUCUGUUCUCCUCCCCCCCCUCUCUUUUUUUUUUUUUUUUUUUU